UCUGUGCCAUGUGACCACUCACCAGGAAUCCCAUUUCAAAUCCUGCUAAAUUGAUUGGUUACAUUAACAGACUUUUAACAGAAGGGGAUUUGUAUUGACUUACCAACGCUCUCUAAAGUUAAAAUUGUCUUUCACAUCUCGGACCGGAGUCGUGAGACAACAUCCUCAGAACAAGGGGCCAGUUUUUUCUGCAAUUUUACCUCUGCAACUUUUGAAAUGCAGGCACUCAGGUCUCUGUUUAUGCCUAAGUGGUCUUCAGAUGUGCGUCUAGAAGGGAAGACGGCUAUAGUAACGGGGGCUAACGUCGGAAUAGGCAAAGAGACGGCAAAAGACCUGGCCGGCAGAGGUGCCCGGGUGAUUCUGGCAUGCAGAGACAUGGCGAAGGGAGAGCAGGCUGCUCGGGACAUCAUGAGGGAUGUGAAGGGAGCAAAGGUCGUCGCAAGGCAUCUGGACGUGGCCGACACCAAAUCCAUCUGCCUGUUUGCUGAGAAUAUCUACAACAAUGAGAAGACUCUUCACUUCCUGAUCAACAAUGCAGGCGUGGCGAUGUGCAUGUACGCCACCACAGUGGACGGAUAUGAGAUGCAGUUUGGAGUCAAUCACUUAGGUCAUUUCUUCCUGACCUUCCUGUUACUAGACCUGCUGAAGCACUCGGCCCCAUCCCGGGUCAUCAACUUGUCCUCGGUGGCUCACAACAUGGGCAAGAUCCAGUUUGAUGACCUGAGCGGAGAGAAAGCCUACCACCCCAUCAGGGCCUACGCACAGAGCAAGCUGGCCAACGUCCUGUUCACCUGCGAGCUGGCCAAAAGGACUGAGGCCUUAGGUGUGAUGGCUUACUCUGUGGACCCUGGCAUGGUGGAAACUGAAAUAACAAGGCAUCUGAAGCUCCCUCUUGUGGCCAUAACCAAGGCGAUCGGUUUUGUGAUGAAGACCCCAGCAGUGGGAGCCUACACCAGCAUCUACUGCGCCGUCACUCCUGAGAACCAGCUGCUCACUGGAGGAUACUACAGGGACUGUGCCCGUGCAGAGUGCUCCCGGGCAGGCCAGGAUGAUGGCACCGCUCUGAAGCUGUGGGCUGUGAGCUGCCACAUGCUCGGCAUCCGCUGGAGAUAAACUCAUAUUCAUAUGUUCUCCUACAGGCUAUGAAGCACUGUAUAUGAGCAUACAGUUAUACCCUUAAUACUAACAGAUUAAUGCUGAUUUACUCUGAACAUGUGAUAGGUGGAGGUGGCUGAGAUGCUUAAAGGUUGGGGAAAGCAAUGAUCAGUAGCUGUUGCUAAUAAAAGAAAGAAUCACUGAUAUUCCAAACUUGAA